CGCCGCCGCUCCUUACCCGCCCGCCGAUUAUGGGCCGCUACGGUCCCUUCCCUACCGCCGCCGGCGAUGGCGGGGGCUGCCUACCGCUGCCGAUUGUUGCGGCCGAGGGCGCGCUCGCUGUCGUCGACGGCGCCAUUGCGACCGCCGCCUUCGUGCAGGAUAAGGAGCGGAGCAGCACGGGGCAUCUCUGCCUGAUAAUUUCGCUUAUUUCAGUUGAAACAGGAUAAGCUACAUUAAUUGUUGCGUCUCGACCCAUCUAGAAAUUCCGGCAUGAUACUUGUCCACUGUAUCGUUGCUCUGGUGUUACUUGACGUGGGAGUUUCAUAAUUUCAUCCUACUGAAAUGUGUACCUUUCUGCCCACGUCUCUGUUCGGCUGGCUGUGGCCGGUAGCUGGUGGUGCUGAUUUAUUGUCACAGAAAAGUACUUUGUUCGGCUGGUUGUGGCCGGUAGCUGGUGGUGCUGAUUUAUUGUCACAGAAAAGUACUGCUGGCUGGUGACUGAUGCUGAUUUGAUGUGAGAGAAAAACACUGCUGACUGGCUGACAAGCCAGUUGAACAGAGCCUUGUAUUCAGUGUCACUGUUAUGUAUGUAUAGAGAUUACCAUUUCUGACAAGUUGCCAAUGCAAAAUUAUUUAUUUAAAAAUUAACUUCCCAAGCACUUCAGUAGGAUCUCUAUGCUUUGUAAUGUGCAGCUGGCAAGAAUUCACAGGCACAAUCAGCUACAGGGAUGGACUCGGCAAAAGAUAUUCCAUUUAAUGAUUGGCCUAUCAAACAUAGUAUUCCUACUGUAUUUCGUGUCUACCAUCAUUGCUACUUGUCAGAGAUGGAUUUGCUGGGUGCAUGGAUGUGGAUUUGUUCUCAUGGCUAGUCCACAGAUAUUGCUUCUUGCUUCUUUUCUACUGCUACUAUCAUUCUGGGUUGACCUGUGUCAUCAGACAAAUGAUGAAGAUGAAGAGGAUGUACGGAGUCACCGUGAAGCUUUACUAGACAGAACAAAAACUAAACCUGGCAUCCAUCCUGUUAAUAUCAGUCGGAGGUGUUGUCCGGAAAUACAGCUUGGAAGCCGGCAAAAAUUUGUGAUUUUGGUGCUUAUACUGUCAUUUGUUGUGACGUUCGCCUUUGCCAUCCUCAUAUGGGUUGGUAGAGGAGAAAACCCUAUUGAUUCGUCUCUGUUGAAAAGGGUGCAACUUUAUUUCUUUAUGGAUGGCCAGCGUUUUAUUUUGCAGGUUUAUUUGGAUGUAUUUUCAGUAGUAGUUCUUGUACUCGGUGGUGCUCUGGCAUGUUAUGGUGCACUGUUAUUCUCGAAGAUGAGCAAAGUUCGUUCCGAAACUGUAUCAACCGAGAAGUGGAAGGUUGCCAGUUUAGCUGCCGUCUCACUGAUUUGUUUUUCGUUUUCUGCUAUACUAGCACUUGUGACUAAUGUUCCAGUGCUUUUGUAUUGGUACUCAACAGAUGCAGACAUCAUCUACAAUGCAAUUAUUUUGUUUGUAUAUUACUUCAUAGGUUCGUCAGUUCCAUCAGGGUUUGUUUUAUGGAUCAUGAGAGAUUUGCCUCAUCGUCAGGUGGUAGAAAGGCCCACAGAAUCGAGAGUGGUUACUAUGUUCAGGGAAAGACCAUCUACUACACAGGAUCCGCAGUGGAGAACAGCUGUUACAUCCUCAAACAAGGCCCUCAAAUCAAGCCCGAUUUAACAAGACUUAGCAUUGAUGCUGAAUAGUGAAAUCACUCUCAAUGCUGAACCUUCCAGUCUCCUAAUGUGCUGGAAGAACAUCAAUGGCGCACUGGCGUCCACUACUGUGACAAUUGGUGAGUGGAAGGCGAAUCAGUAAUUCCUGCUUCAUCGUGACUGCAGUCAUCAGGCAGGAUGCACAGUGCAAGUUACAGAGUUGGUGGGGUGGGGUGGGGUGGGGGGCUUUGAAUAAUUAACAAAUGUAAAUAGCCUUACAAAUGAGAGUGUUCAUGGUUAGGCUGUAGUUUCGCCUUUGAGAUUUACCGUGCCUUUCCCUUUGGUUUUCAUGUACCUCAUUUAGUUUUUUGAAAGUAACAAGACACUACUGAUAAAGGUUAUUAUGCCCAAUGAUAAUUACUUGCCAAAAUUUAUCCUUAGGAGGUUUCAA